GGUCAGCAGCAGCAGCAGCAACGUCACAGCCCUCCCGUCCAGCCCCAGCCUCAGGCUCCUCCUCCUCCUCCUCCUCCAGCGGCGGUCCCGCAGGCCGAGCGGGACGAGGCGGCGGUGGACGAGGAGGAGGAGGAGGACGACGGCGCGCUCAACCGCUCGGCCAGCACGGAGAGCGGCUUCCACAACCACACGGACCGCGCCGAAGGCGACGCCGACAACGACCACAUGGCCCCGGAGCCGCCCGAGGAGCCCGAGGACGAGAGCGCCGGCUACGGCCUGACGCUGCGGCCCGAGGCCGACGAGUACGCCGAGAGCGCCGAGUCCGAGCAGCUGCCCCACCCGCCGCCGCAGCCACCGCAGCAGCCCCAGCCGCAGUACCCGCCCCAGGCCCCCCCGCUGCCGAGGGACCCCCUGCCCAACACCGAGCGGCCCCGCACCCUCCACCCCGAGGCCCCCAACCCCGGUGGCGGCGGUGGAGGUGGAGGCGGCGGCAGCGGCUACUCCAACUACGUCUACACCCAGCCGGCGUACCGCGGCUCCUCCGGACGCGAGGGGGCAGGGACCACCGGAAGCAACGGCGGUGGCGGCAACGGUGGCGGGGAGGUCCACGAAGCGGCCAAGGACGAGCCGUACGCCGAGCCGUACGCCGACUACAGCCUGCAGGAGCACGUGUACGAGGAGAUCGCCGAGGCGACAGCGGCGGCGGCGGCGGCGGCAAGGGCCGGCGGAGGCCCCGAGUGCCAGGUGUUGCCGGCGCAACAACAGCAGCGUUGCCGACAGCGACAGCAGCUGGGCUUCCGUCAGUUCGAGCGCGAGGACAGCGGCGGGAGCACCGGCAGCACCUACCGGCAGCAGGAGGCGGUGGGCUCGCGCCUCCACCACUACGACGAGCGCUCGGACGGCGAGUCGGACAGCCCCGAGAAGGAGGCCGAGUUCGCGCCGUACCCGCGCUCCGACAGCUGCGAGCGCGAGCACGACGACGAGGACAUCGACCAGAUCGUGGCCGAGGUCAAGGAGAGCCUGAGCUCGCAGAGCCUGCAGCGCGCCGCCAUGGGCCUGGAGGCGGAGGAGGGGGACGACGAGGGAGAGGAGGACGAAGGCGAGUGGCCUGAGUCGGAGCACAGCGCCCAGACCGCCCAGGAGGACCAGGACCAGCCCAUGGAGCCGGCCGACGAGGAGGGCGAGGAGAUGAUGGAGGAAGGGGAGGAGGAGGAAGAGGAAGAGGAGGACGUGGAGGUGCCGCUGCCCAACGUCAGCCCCGGCGACAGGCCCGCCCAGCCGCGCAUCAGCCGGGAGAAGAGGGACGCCAUCUCGCUGGCCAUCAAGGACAUCAAGGAGGCUAUCGAGGAGGUGAAGACGCGCACGGUGCGCUCGCCCUACACGCCCGACGAGCCCAAAGAGCCCAUCUGGGUGAUGAGGCAGGACCUGAGCCCCACGGCUGAGAAUGACCUCCAGCCGUCACUAGGGGGCGACUCCCCAGGCUCUGGGUCCAACUCACCCCAAGGGGCGGAGUCCUCCAGCCACCACAUGCCUAUGCACGAGGGGAGUGACAGCUUUGAGUCGCCAUCGCCCGCGGGGAAGGAGUCCCGGAGAAGUCUGGCUUCUUUCCCCACGUACGUGGAAGUGCCAGGCCCCUGUGACCCGGAGGACCUCAUCGAUGGCAUCAUCUUUGCUGCUAACUACCUGGGCUCCACGCAGCUGCUCUCCGACAAGACCCCAUCCAAGAACGUGCGCAUGAUGCAGGCCCAAGAGGCGGUGAGCCGCAUCAAGACGGCCCAGAAAUUAGCCAAAAGCAGGAAGAAGGCCCCAGAGGGAGAGGCUCAGCCCAUGACUGAAGUGGACCUCUUCAUCUCCACCCAGAGGAUCAAAGUGCUCAACGCCGACUCACAGGAGACCAUGAUGGACCACCCUCUGCGGACCAUCUCGUACAUCGCGGACAUCGGGAACAUCGUGGUGCUGAUGGCCCGCCGCAGGAUGCCUCGGCCCGACUCACAAGAGAACCUGGAGGCUUCCGACCCGGCCCAGGACGAGAAGCGCCAGUACAAAAUGAUCUGCCACGUGUUUGAGUCUGAAGAUGCCCAGCUCAUAGCGCAGUCCAUUGGCCAGGCAUUCAGCGUGGCAUACCAGGAAUUCCUGCGUGCCAACGGCAUCAACCCGGAGGACCUGAGCCAGAAGGAGUACAGCGACCUCCUCAACACCCAGGACAUGUACAACGACGACCUCAUUCACUUCUCCAAGUCUGAGAACUGCAAAGAUGUUUACAUAGAGAAGCAGAAGGGUGAGAUCCUGGGGCUGGUCAUCGUCGAGUCCGGCUGGGGCUCCAUCCUCCCCACCGUCAUCAUCGCCAACAUGAUGCACGCCGGCCCGGCGGAAAAGUCCGGAAGGCUCAACAUCGGGGACCAGAUCAUGUCCAUCAAUGGCACGAGUCUGGUGGGCCUCCCGCUGUCUACCUGCCAGAGCAUCAUCAAGGGGCUGAAGAACCAGUCGCGGAUAAAGCUGAACAUCGUCCGAUGCCCCCCAGUCACCACUGUCCUAAUCAGAAGACCAGACCUAAGAUACCAGCUGGGCUUCAGUGUCCAGAAUGGCAUUAUAUGUAGCCUUAUGAGAGGGGGGAUAGCCGAGAGGGGUGGGGUGCGCGUGGGCCAUCGCAUUAUCGAGAUCAACGGCCAGAGCGUGGUGGCCACCCCUCACGAGAAGAUUGUACACAUUCUGUCCAAUGCAGUGGGAGAGAUCCACAUGAAGACCAUGCCUGCUGCCAUGUACCGCCUGCUGACUGCCCAGGAGCAACCCGUUUACAUCUAACGAUUCAAACGCUUCCCCCCCCUCCCCUUCUCCCCUCCUGCUCUCCCCCCCAUCCCUCCAUUGUCUAUCAUAACCUUUGACCUCUGACACAUGAUGUAACCUUAGUCAGCAUCUUUGACUCUUGACCCCACUCCCCGUGUGUGCAUCUGGCGCGGUGUGGUGACUGACCGAUGCGUCUCCGGCCUCCCACUGGCCACGACUGGGGUGGUCUCACUCUUUA